GUAUCAAGUCCUAAGAAGGAAAAUUUCACAUGUCUUUUUUUCUUAAUUCCAGUUAUGCCAUACAACAGUGCCCACCACUGCGUCGUGGAGGUAGAAAACUUCUUGUUCGUGUUGGGUGGAGAGGACCAGUGGAAUCCGAAUGGAAAACACAGUACAAAUUUUGUCAGCCGAUAUGAUCCCCGAUUUAACAGCUGGAUUCAACUCCCACCAAUGCAAGAAAGAAGAGCCAGUUUCUAUGCAUGUCGGUUGGACAAACAUUUAUACGUUAUUGGUGGAAGGAAUGAAACCGGCUACCUGUCCAGCGUCGAGUGCUAUAACCUAGAAACAAAUGAAUGGCGUUAUGUGUCCUCUCUGCCACAACCUCUGGCAGCUCACGCGGGAGCAGUGCACAAUGGGAAAAUAUACAUUUCAGGGGGUGUACACAAUGGAGAAUAUGUUCCAUGGCUGUAUUGCUAUGACCCCGUAAUGGAUGUCUGGGCUCGAAAACAAGAUAUGAACACAAAACGUGCAAUCCACACUUUGGCUGUAAUGAAUGAUCGCUUGUAUGCAAUUGGAGGAAAUCAUUUGAAAGGUUUUUCCCACCUUGACGUUAUGCUUGUGGAAUGCUAUGACCCAAAAGGCGACCAGUGGAAUAUUCUCCAAACUCCCAUUUUGGAGGGUAGAAGUGGUCCUGGCUGUGCAGUGCUUGAGGACAGCAUCUACCUGGUGGGAGGCUACAGCUGGAGCAUGGGGGCCUACAAGUCGUCCACAAUAUGCUAUUGUCCAGAAAAAGGAACCUGGACAGAACUCGAAGGAGAUGUAGCAGAACCACUGGCAGGCCCUGCCUGUGCAACAGUUAUCCUGCCCGCCUGUGUACCGUACAACAAAUAACACCAGGAAACCUGGACUGGACAGUAUCAUCACAUUCUAGGAGGCAAUGACAGGUGUCGUCACUAUCACAAUAGGAACAAUGCAUUCUAAUGGUACAACUGCCCAAACCCACCCUUGGUUUCUGAUGAUUUACAAGUAACCAGAAAAGACACCUGUUCUUGAACAGACACUGUGUCUGUAACUCAGAUCACACCAAACUUCUUGUGGUGACAGACUCUUCCAUUUUGGACUGGUUUUAACUUGUCCCAGCUUUACAAAAAUUCCUCAUGUGGAUCUUAACUUUCAAAAGGAGAAAGAUAAAAUACAGAAGACUGGCCCCAGAGAGACCUAAGAUCAGUAUUGUGCAUUGUAGUCUGCCUGCAUGUGAUCUUUGUUGAAGUUU